AUGGAGCUGGAAUGGCAAAAAACGCUAGACCUCUCGUCCGAAUAUCCUACGUUCGAGGACGUAAGGAAGUUCGUUGACAAACGGUCACGUGCCUUGCUCUCAAUGAACGAGGAGCGCAGAAAAGCCGCGCUGGGGCUUCCAACAAAAACCACGCACAAUCGAAGCUCGGUGCGCGAUAACGGCACCGCUUCGAGAAACGUGAGAAGCCACAACGUUGUCAUGGAACACGUCCAGGCUGAAAAGCCAAGGGAAACGGAUUCAGACAACGUUAGGCAUGUUGGAAAACCGGCCACGAAACCGUGCGGGUUCUGUAACGGGCCGCACGGUUUGACGAACUGCAACCAUUUCGGGCUAUUGACUGCAAAAAUGCGCAGUCAAUAUGUCAGACACCGUCGGUGGUGCUUACAAUGCUUGGGCACCACCCACACGGUGACGAAAUGCAGGAGUUCGACGGCAUGUACGAAGUGCGGCGGGAUGCAUCAUCCCCUGCUGCACUUCGACCAAGAACGGGAACCUCAGCGGAAUCAGCCGAUACCAAAUCCUGAGUUCGGCAACCGUGAGGAGAGGCUUUCAAACGCCCCAUCCCGCCGGCCUACGAAACCGAGGCCGAAGGCCAAUUACUCGGCGAGUGCUAAAACGACACCCGCCUCGACAUCGCAUUGUACCGCUCUCGGUACAGGCGCACCGAGGCCAGUGCUUUUAGCGACAGCUCGAGUACGAGUAUUCGGCAAAAAUGGUGCGUCGCGAAUCGCGCGCGCGCUACUUGAUCAGGGAUCGGAAACUUCCUUCAUAGCCGCGAACUUGGUCAAUGACCUUAAGCUCGCGCGGAGGAAAACCCCAGCCACGGUGACGGGCCUGGGGGGUGACCGAACCCAAUCGAUCAAAUACAGUGUCGGACUGAGUUUAGGCGAAAGAGACGGUAGGAAACCGAUGUGUGAGGUAGAUGCGUAUGUCGUGUCUCAAAUCACGACGUACGCGACUCCAUCGGUAGGAACGCUCGGUAACAAAGCGUUCCAUGACCUACCGCUCGCCGACCCCGACCCCACGUCUGAUCAAACCAUUGAAGUUUUGAUCGGCGCGGACCUGUAUGCGCAGAUUAUGCGAUCCGGUUUCCGUCGAGGAACCGACGCAGGUCCCAUCGCCCAAGAAACUGCAUUCGGCUGGGUAAUAUCCGGGCCGAUAGAAGCAGGGGGCGGCGCUCAGAACACGGUGCGGACACUGCACUGCACCGUACUCGAAACGCUGGAUCAAGCGGUUCGAAAGUUCUGGGAAAUGGAAGAAAUUCCCGCAACCUCCAUGCGCACUAAAGCAGAGGAGGAAUGCGAAGAAUUCUUCCAAAAAACCGUUACCCGUAACGAAACAGGUCGGUUUGUAGUCCGACUACCCCUCAAUUACCCGAGACCGGAGGAGGCGUUGGGAAAUUCAUUCCACAUCGCGCUCUCUGCUCUCACAAGGCUGAGGAGGAAACUGGACACGAACCCGACCCUCGGUAAAGAAUACGCAGAGUUUCUAGCGGAGUAUGAGUCGUUAGGUCAUAUGACGCGCAUAAAGCCCAUUGACCAAACUAGACUCUAUAUUCCGCACCGAGCGGUCAUUCGUACGGACAGCGCGACCACCAAACUGCGGGUCGUAUUCAAUGCGACCAGCAGAACGGCAGGUGGACGCUCCCUAAACGACAUCCUUCACGUAGGUCCAAAGUUACAAAACGACAUUACCUCGGUAUUAACGAGAUGGCGUUUGUACGAAUACGUGCUGGUGGCCGAUAUCGAGAAGAUGUUUCGACAGAUUCUCGUCGCCCCAGAGGAUCGUCGUUUCCAAUGCAUUGUAUGGAGUGCACCCGAAAACGAACAGCUGACAGCGUUCGAAUUAAAUACCGUCACAUACGGAACGGCGUGCGCCCCAUACCUGUCGAUGCGUACCCUUCUCGAGUUAAAGGAGCAGGACGGAAAGAAAUUUCCGCUUGCCGCUCCGAUCCUCGAGAAGGACAUUUACGUCGACGAUGUAUUCAUGGGAGCACCAGAUAAAUCCUUGCUGGAGAAAAUCCGUACGCAAGUAUGCGAGCUCCUGCAAGGAGGUGGGUUUCAGCUGAGAAAGUGGGCCGGAAAUUCGCCACAAUUAUUGCGAAAUAUCCCCCACAGCUCUCACUCCCACGCAGUAGACCUCACUUUGUUCGAUGACUCCGAACUAAAGGUGCUCGGUUUACGAUGGAUACCGUCUGGAGAUUAUUUCUAUUUCAAUCUCCAACGGUUCCAACCGUCGGCAACACCGAUGACAAAAAGAAAUUUGUUUUCGGAGAUUGCCAAGCUCUUCGAUCCGCUCGGCUGGCUAUCGCCGGUUGUAAUUCGCGCAAAGAUUUUGAUGCAGUCUCAGUGGCUGGAGAAAAUCCAGUGGGACGAUCAAAUCUCCGCGAAUACGCAAAAAACGUGGAACGCGUUUUGUACGGAUUGGAGCAGCUUAAAGGAAUUAAAAAUUCCCAGAUGGAUACGUUACGGAGCUGAUACGGUGUCAAUAGAAUUGCAUGGUUUCUGCGACGCCUCGCUCGCGGCCUAUUCGGCCGUCACGUAUUUACGCGUGACGACGAUAAGCAACGAAGUUUUUACGACGUUGCUAAUGGCAAAAACGCGAGUCGCUCCGAUCAAAACGCAGUCCAUCCCCGUUCUGGAGUUGAACGGGGCUGUACUCCUUUCCGAGCUGGUGUUGCACGUGAAGCGGUCCCUCUCAAUAAAGGUGGACCGCAUAAUCUGCUGGACAGAUUCCACGAUUGCACUAGCUUGGUUAAGGAAGCACGCCUCGACAUGGAAGGUUUACCAAACAGGAUUAGCUGCAGCGGCGUCUGGCCGGGCAGACAAAAUUAUGUAA